CAACAGCAGGUGUAUCACUCUGUCUGCCAUAGUGACGGACAAACGUUGUGUGCGUGGAGACGUGGGCCCACCCUGGACCCGACUAACCCUCCCUGACAGACCUGGGCCGGACUGGGGUGCCGAGUAACCCUAGGCAUUGCCCCUGGAUACUUAAUAUUCCACGUAUUAAGUCCAUCCGCCCAGCCGGAACGACAGCAAGUCAUGCAUGUGUCAUGGCCGCGUAGGCAUGUGUUCUACUCAGUGACCUUGUGGAUACAGUUUUCUUUGAGUGCAUAGUCAUUGUAAUUUCGAACUGUCCAAAGCGUGUCCCGGACUCUACAGUUGACUAGUACGGACUCUCUCCCCACCUCGGAAAGUGUUUAAGUGUUUACAACAAUGCUUUGAAGAGGACAGAUACUGUGUUGCGACCUGACCCAUAUUUCGUUUCGAGUUGUUUUACGGAGGCACAGUGUCUAGUGAGAGGAGAAAUGUCUGUACGGUGGUGAUCCUUUCACCACCCACUCAGAUCCCCAGUGCUGAUCUCGCCAGCACCCGAUACUCCACCUGCACGGCGAGGAGUGGUCAGACGCAGGACACAGACCUACCACCAUGCUGACAGCCGCUCUCAUCUGGUUCUACUUUCGUGACCUGGCCAACUACCUGUUGGACUGUGCCGAGUACCGCCACCAGAGGAAAAUGGCGAAGUCUGAGGUACAGAAAUGCCUGGAUUGGCUGUUUGAACAACAGGGGGAACUGGAGUGCGCCAGUUUCGGCCAGGGGGAGAGCGGUGUCAUUCGGGCACUGGGUCUGCAGAGAGCGAAGGCGGUCCAGAUCAAAGAAUUCAGUCAGCAGAUAGACAAGGUCGUUCAGAACCCGAAAGUUGGCGAUGAUGAGGCGGUUGAUCUGAAGGGCAGAUACAACUCAGUAGAAGCGCUGUCAUCCAAACGAGGUUCAUGCUUUGAGGUCAUUUCGCAAAUCUCAGGGCUGCAGGAAUUGGUUGAGAACAUGUCCACCGAGUUCGACUCCCGGGCCGUGCACCUCGUCAACACCGGGGAGGCUGGAAAAACCAAGGGCAGCGUUGACCAAACUAACGAGAGCAUGGCAAGAACUGCACAGAACUGCAUCACGGCUGUGAGGAAGAACUGGAAGUGGAUCCUGACCACGAUGCAGUGUGCUGAGGUCCAACUGAAGAAUGCAGCAGCCUACCAGGAGUACUUCCACGAGGUGGAGGAGGCGGAGUAUUGGAUGAACACCACACUGUCCCGGAUCCAUCUCUCGUUCGACCGACAGAAGCUCAAUGGAGACAGGGCGGACGCCAGAGCCAUUCUGAAUGAGAUCAGGGACGUGCUCCUGGCCUACCUACAGUGGCAGACCAAGGUGGACAAUCUGUUUGACCGCAGCAGGAACAUAGUCCCCGUGCCGCUGAGGCUCAAGAAGCUGACUGACCCACGUCCUGCUCUGGUGCUGACCGACUUCCGCUCAGACGAGAUCGAGCUGAAUGAAGGGGAGACUAUUACCGUCGUUGACAACACCAACCGCCGGAAGUGGAGGGUGACCAACAGUCGUGGUCAGACUGGAGAAGUGCCGGCCGUAAUACUGGUGAUCCCGGGGCCGUCCGGCGAGGCAGUGGACGCUGCGAUCAGACUCCGACUGCAGUUGUUGUCACUGUGGACGACUUCAGUGAAGCGCCUUGGGUACCAGAUGCUGGCCUUCAUGCUAAUCGUCUUCAAGGACUGGGACGAGGAUGAGAAUGCCAACUCUAAGGACAAGGUGUCCAUCCUCCAGUGUAUGAAGAAGACGGACAAGCUGGAGCUUCUGCGCAUACUCAAGUACAUCGAGGACACGUUGGGCAAGAACUGGACAGGCUACACCGACUACAGCGAGCUGGAGGAACGAAUGGCAAGACUGCGUAUGAUUCUGGAAGAGGCGCCGGAAGGGGGUGUUUCCGAUGACGAGCUGCUGUCGACUGUCGUGGUGCAGAUCAAGACACUGGAGGAGAUGCUGAUGAAAUACAGUGACUUCUGGGCGUACUGGGAGACGUUCAAGGUGAUCGUGGAGCUUCUGAAACAGCCCAAGCACCUGCUGGUGUGUGACAAGUGGGACCAGCUCCGAUACAUCACAACAGCCCACUUCGUCAAGUUCUGGGACACACACCUGGAUAUUGAGGACAUCAAGAAGUCGCAAGCAUCGCUGGCGCUGUACGAGACGCCACGGGAGGCGAUGCCAGUCAGUAGUGAGGUGACCGUGGAGACACAGCAUGAGGAGACGACCUCCGAGGAGGUUGUGUCGGAGGAGGUGGAGGAAUGUCACACUUUUAUUGUCAAGGGAGUGUUAGAUCCGAACAACAACAACGAGAUGACUCUACAGGAAGCCAUCUUGAAGGGAAUCAUCGACCAGGCUAAGGGUCUGUACAUUAACCCACGUUCCGGGCGGUCUAUGGAUGUCAACGAGGCCAUCAAUGACGGAAAGAUACUCAUGGAGAUUGUGUCGAAGCAAAAGAUCCGUGAAGAGAAGAAGACCUUUGGCUUGAUCACUAUCAAGACCACUCACGAGACACGGCCCUUCAGCAUCCUGGCUGUUCUUGACCCACACACAGAUGAGAGACUGUCUCUCGACCUGGCAAUGGAAAGGGGAGUCGUGGACAGCAGCUGUGCGGAAUACAAGACUGAUUCUGGGGAGAAGAUGGCAAUAGCUGACGCCAUCUCCAGCGGACUAGUGGUGGUGGAGUAUGACGAAAAGCAUCAGCCACAUGUAAAGCCAGAGGUUGUGACGAAGACGUACAGCGUGAGUGGCGUGGUUGACCAGCUGCGGAAGGAAAAGGUGCCGUUCAGUGACGCCAUCAGACAGGGGCUUCUGGACAAGGAGACCGGUGAGUACAUCAACAACAAGACCCAUCAGAAGAUCUCCGUGCACGAAGCCAUCAUGAAGGGCUUCAUCAAAGCCAGGGUGGUGGCGGACCCAAGCAAACUGGAUAUUGACCCUAAGAAUAAGAUCAUUGUACAGAAGUUUGAAAAUGCCAAGACCAAGUUGAUGAGAGGUGUGAAGGCCAUGAAGGCGUUUAAGUCCCUUGGAAAACCUCUGCCUUAACUGCUGAAGAGUGACACCAAAUAGCUAACAUGGUUGAUGGUAGAAGGAUUUGCUAGAUUUACAAGCAGUUUAUCUUCACCACAAGGAACGCCAUCAUUGAUGACCUCACAAAGAAGUUUUGAUUUCAUAGAUUGAAGAAGUAAUACUAACUAAUGGUGCUGAUUGUUACCCAUGAAGUAAAUAUUAACAAAUAGCUGUAUAUUUAAUUGAUGAGUAUGUUGUCAAUGAGCUACAAUGAUAUUUCGUGUAUUUUAAUAAUAUAGUAAUCACAUUCCGCAUUUAUUUAAAGCAUUUUCUGAUUAUAGGAAAAUGGCAACUGUCUGCGCCUGUCAAAUACAUUCCAUAUAAUCUUUUGUAGUGGAUUGCGAUACUCUUACUAUACAAAUAGCCUGUUUGUGUGAACCAUUGCAUCACACGGAUUGUCAUAUUGGUCGUCUUCAUGGAGUUCUCCGGCAGGCUUUAGCUGUCUCGAUUAUUCACUGUGUCUAUCUUAGUAACACUAUAUGCAUGUGAGAGUAGAUACUUCUACUUUUGGUAUGUGUGAGCACAUCAGCACCGUUAUCAUGCUACACGCGGUCGGCUGGAAUAUGUUCAAGGUUUUUGGAGUGAAGUAUGUAUGAUGUUACUAUGACGUUGUGUGCUAUAGCACCCAGGUGAUGGUCAACACUUUAUGCAGGAACCUGGAUGGGGUGAAGUAUAGGUGUUCUUGAAGUCAGGCAGGGCACAGUAUGAUUUAUUGAUGUUUUAGCAUGUCUUCAGAGACGUGAAGGGGAUGCAGUGUGGAGGCAGAUGGUGUCUCACGCCACGGAGAGUCACACUGCCAACACCGACUGCCGCACAGAAUACACGUGUGCAUUUCACAGGGUGCUUGUCUUUCUUUGUAGAUCUCUUUCAUGUAGAAUCUGAAUUGCGUUAUUGCAAAUGAAUAAUAUAUUUGUAUUGUUAUUACUUUAUCAAUUAAAUUUUACCGUUUUUAAAA